AUGGCGGCCGCCGAGGACACCAAGAAGGAUGCCGACGUCAAGGCGACCAAGGCCGAGAAGGAGGACCCGAAGGCUGACGACGGCGACGCCAAGGACGACAAGAAGACCGCCGACGCCGCCAAGAAGCCCCCCGAGGACGACGUCAUCAAGAAAGUCGUGGACGGCGUCGGCAUCCCCCUCGACAUCGGCGCGAGGGUCCAGUGCAAGUGGCGCGACGGCCAGAUGUACCCCGUCCGGGUCAUCGAGCGCCGAGCGGGACCCAAGGGCAAGGAGGCGCAGGAGGAGUACGAGUACUACGUCCACUACGAGCAGUUCAACCGGCGCCUGGACACCUGGGUCACCAUCGCCGAGAUGGACCUCGCAACGGCGGAGCAGGACGAGCCCGGGAAGAAACGGAAGCACGAGGACGCGCACGACGAGGAGCACGCCGAGUUCGACCCCAACGCGCUGCGGGAGCACGAGGAGGUGACCAAGGUGAGAAACAUCCUGAAAGUCGAGCUCGGGAGGCACGAGAUGGACACGUGGUACUUUUCGCCGUUUCCGCCCGAGUACACCACGUGCAAGAAGCUGUUCUUCUGCGAGUUUACCCUCAACUUCUUCAAGCGGAAGGAGCAGCUGCAGAGGCACCUUCGGAAGACGGAGAUGUACCACCCGCCCGGGGACGAGAUCUACCGCAACGAGUCGAGGGGUAAGACUACGGCGUUUUUCGAGAUUGACGGCAAGAAGGAGAAGAUCUUCUGCCAGAACCUGUGCUACCUCGCCAAGCUCUUCCUGGACCACAAGACGCUCUACUACGACGUGGACCUGUUCCUGUUCUACGUGCUGUGCGAGGUGGACGAGCGCGGGUACCACAUCGUCGGGUACUUCAGCAAGGAGAAGUGCUCCGAGGAGGGAUACAACCUGGCGUGCAUCCUGACGCUGCCGGCGUACCAGCGCAAGGGGUACGGGAAGAUGCUCAUCUCCUUCUCGUACGAGCUGAGCAAGAAGGAGGGCAAGGUCGGGACCCCGGAGCGACCGUUGUCGGACCUCGGGCUGGUGUCGUACCGCGGCUACUGGACGAGGGAGCUCCUCGCGAUCCUCAAGGAUGAAUCCAGGGCGGUGAUGAGCAUCAAGGACCUGUCCGAGCUCACGAUGAUCAAGACGGAGGACAUCAUCAGCACCCUGCAGCACCUCAACCUGCUGGCGUAUCAGAAGGGCGCGUACGUCAUCUGCGCCGCGCCCGAGCUCAUCGAGAAGCACCUCAAGGCGGCGGGAUCGCCGGGCGUGGAGGUUGACCCGACGAAGCUCAUCUGGACCCCGUACAACGCCGAGAAGGAGUACGCAAACUUCCGCGGAUGACAAGACGGCUUUCGACGAAUGAGAAGGCGGAAUUCAAAGAAUCGAAAUGAAAUUUAAAGCAUGCAAU